AGGGAGCGGCCCGGCCAUGCAGCCGGAACGGGGAGGCAGCCGGCCCCGGAGGGAAGGUGGCCGGCACGGCCGGAGACGGCCCGGCGGCGCAGAUAAGGCGGCCGAGUCGGCGACCGAAAGCGGCAGCGCGGACAGCCACGGCCGAGGAGGAACCGGGGGCCGCGGGAGAGGCGGCGCUCAGGGACACCGAGGAGGCGGAGGCCGCGGGAAGCGAGAGGCUCGGGGCCGCGGGGCAGCGCCGCCACCGGCCGCGCGCGAGCACCGACGGGUAGAGGAUGAUGAUGAUACUGAAUCACGAGAGGAGGAAGAGGAAGUGAAAAACUACUCAAGAAGGAAGAUUGUUUCAAACUGGAACCGCUAUGAGGAUGCAGAAAAAGGGGGACAGGGAGAAUGUGGAGAAUCACAGAGAGGAACAGACUUCAGUGUUUUACUUAGUUCAGCAGGAGAUUCCUUUACACAAUUUCGAUUUGCUGAAGAGAAAGACUGGGAUACAGAAAACGUAUACUGUAAGCAGUUAUCUGCACUUUCUGUUGACUGCCAGUCCUUGGCCCAGGCCCUGCAGGAGUUGCCUCUACAUCUGAGGUUGAAUGUAGCUGCUGAACUUGUACAGGCAUCUACACCCAUAGAGCUACCACAGAUGAAUUCUAAAGUUGUUGAAGACAGCAAAAGGAGGGAGCUGUUUCGACAGUCUUUGUCUCAAAGGGAAACGGUGUUGGUCUCCCGAUCUGUUGGUGAUUCUGCUGCUUCAUUGGAGCCUGGAACUAAAAUUGAUCCUGGGACAAGUGCAGCAGAACCAUUUCACAGAGCCCGUCUGCUAGAAAAGCAAGAGACUGACCAUUUGGAUGAAGAACUGGAUCGUCUCCUAAAUCUGGAUGCUCCCAUUGAUUCUGUGUCAGGUGCAUUAUCCUACAACAUAUCAACAGAGAAAGAUCUGAAAAUGGAAAGUAAGGAAAAUGACCCUCCAAGAGCAGUUGUGCCAGAACAGAGAAGUACAGCACCACAGCAAGAGCAGAAAACAUCCAAAAUUGUUACUGAGGAAGAGCUUGAAGAUUGGCUGGACAGCAUGAUUUCCUGAAACCAAUUUUCCGUAUGUGAAUAAGUGAAUAUAGCUAAAAUCAAGUAGAAGGUGGAACCCUCCUUUAGCUGUUCUUUAUUUCAUUUAUUUGUUUCACUUGCCUGCAAAUAAAACCAGGCACCUGAAAUUCUGUGCCACCAAAAUUUGAUUAGGUAUGAUUGAUUAAGUAACGUCUAAGACUGUGUAACAGUCUUAGAGAGGCCUAACAUUUGUGAUUAAGUUGGGAUUUUUUUUUUUGCUUAAAAUGUAGGCUGCAGCAAACUGCCAGAGUUGUCGUUCCAGCUUGUACUUGCUACAUGCAGUCCUUAAAAUAAAGCAAUGAAUGCACAACAAAUACAUGUUUUUAAUCAGCUUCAGCACGCCACAUAUCUGUAUUGCAAAAAAAUCAGAAAGAAAUCACAAAGGUAGUAUUUGGUUUAUAAUAUUUUAUUGCAGUGGGCACUUUCUACGAGAAGAAAAAUAAAUGCAUAAACCUUGCAGCUUCUAUUUGCAGGUGACAGUAGAGCAUUGUUUUAUUUUGGCCUGUGAUUUAAACUGUAUUCAUUUUGAUACAGGGUGUGUCUUGUAACAGCAGCAUCUAAUAAGCUGUUAUUGAAGGUUGUAUACAAACUUUGAGUGCAAUUUCAUACAGAAAGACAGAAGCAAUACAGUCAAUGGAUCUGUUCACCUAGAACACUAACAAAUAAAAAGUUUGCAUAGCUA